AUGGGUACCCCGAUAAUCACUGGAGCCAAAGCCAGCCGGGCGAGCUCUUUGCCCUCGGAGCCUCUCGACAUCUACCACCCAGGCUAUUCCUUUCGGCCGCGCAUCGCUUCGUUCGCCGCAUAUGCCAACUCCCAUGGCGUCUACGGCCUCCCCUACGCUUUCAUCAUGGACGCCUGUUACGUUUUGGCACAUAAUCGCCCAGGAAUCCUUCGACCCUGGCACUCCCACAAUGAUGUUGCUCUUGACGAGAAUUUGCUUCUACCCGCUGGGAAGUACACCUACCACGUUAACAAUGACGAGCCAUAUCCCAUUUGCGUCUCCUUUCUAGCGUGGGUGCCGCCACCGAAAAUCCCAGACCGCUGGACGAAUAUAGGGUCUUCAACCACCACAAUGCCUGGGGUAACAAAGUCAACCCUCAGCGCGCUGGUCAAAGCAGCCGAUAGCCACCAAUGUGUAGUCACAGGGGCGACUUCAGCAUUAAACAACAGUCAUCUUAUACCGGGAGAUAGUACCAGUCGGACAUGGGUGCGUGGUCGUUGA